GAGAUGUGUGUCCCUGAGACCAUGGCUGCAGGGUAUGGGAGAGUAGGGAGACUUGAAUUCUGAAAAACCUACCAGCUUACCCUGAUGACAUUACAAACUGAGGUGGGUAACUUUGGCUUUGGAGCACUAGGAACAGGACAGACCUGGCAUAUCCUCCUGCUCAUAAUGAGAAUAGUUCUGCUCCAAUCAAUCAAGAUGAACCUCAUGGACAUCACCAAGAUUUUCUCCCUCCUGCAGCCCGACAAGGAGGAGGAGGACACCGACAUGGUGGAGAAGCAGGCUCUCAAUCAAGCAGUGUAUGACAAUGACUCCCAUACCUUGGACCAGCUUUUGUGCCAGGAGCGUUACAAACGUUUUAUCAACAGUAGAAGUGGCUGGGGUGUUCCUGGGACACCUUUGCGCUUGGCUGCUUCUUAUGGUCACCUCAGCUGUUUGCAGGUCCUCCUGGCACAUGGUGCUGAUGUUGACAGCUUGGAUGUCAAGGCACAGACACCACUUUUUACUGCUGUCAGUCAUGGUCAUCUGGACUGUGUGCGUGUGCUUUUGGAAGCUGGUGCCUGUCCUGGUGGUAGCAUCUACAACAACUGUUCUCCUGUGCUCACAGCUGCCCGUGAUGGCGCUGCUGCCAUCCUUCAGGAACUCCUGGGCCAUGGUGCAGAAGCCAAUAUCAAAGCUAAACUGCCAGUCUGGGCAUCAAACAUAGCUUCAUGUUCUGGCCCCCUCUAUUUGGCAGCAGUCUAUGGGCACCUUGACUGUUUCCGCCUGCUUUUGCUCCAUGGUGCAGAUCCCAACUACAACUGUACUGACCAGCGCCUACUGGCUCGUGUCCCACGGCCCCGCACCCUUCUCGAAAUCUGCCUCCACCAUAAUUGUGAACCAGAGUACAUCCAGCUGUUAAUUGAUUUUGGUGCUAACAUCUACCUUCCAUCUCUCUCCCUGGAUCCGAACUUGCAAGAUGAUAAAAGCACUGCAUUGCUGCUACAGGCUCGAGCCACUCCACGGUCACUACUAUCACAGGCCCGUUUAGUAAUCCGCAGAGCCCUGCGCCAGGCCAGCCAACCACAAGCCAUCGACCAGUUGGAUAUUGCCCCUGUGUUGAUUAGCUACCUCAAACAUCAACUGUAAUCUUGCAGCCUUACCAGAAAUCCACAACACCUACAAAAACCACCCAGGGAUCCAGGUAGCUGGAGGGUGCUAUAGCUCCACCCACUCACCUGAAGCUGCUCUCCUGUAUUAUCCUCCACAAGAUCCUCAUCAAAAUAAAUCCUGGUGGCUGUUCUCCUGUAUUAUCCUCCACAAUAAAAUCCUCAUCG